GGGUUUCGUAUACCAUGCAGGCAUCGGUGACGUCCUGUUUCAUAUUUCACGAAGUGUAUUGUCAACGUUUACCGCUCUUAGCGGCAGGAUUAAAGUUUCACAGUGAGCCUUUAAUUCGUUUCUAUCGAUCCUUCAGUCACGGACGAAUCUUACGCAACCGAGCAGCGGGAUCGGUAUCGUUUCAAAUUCAAAUAACUCGCUUUAUUCUUCGUGAUUCUACGCACACGCUUUGCAACACGGAAUUAAUAUGAUGCACACACACAGACAGAGUCUCGACCGUCCAGCCAGCUGAGAAGGUGGAAGGACUCACGAAUAUCCGGAGACGUUCUACAUUGAUGAAGAUGAACCGAUACAUCACACUGAACCAGUUAGGCGAUGGAACAUUUGGUUCCGUCGUUCUUGGAGAACGUAUCGAUACAGGGGAGAAGGUUGCCAUAAAACGAAUGAAAAGGAAAUACUAUUCCUGGGAAGAAGCUAUGAAUCUACGGGAAGUUAAAUCAUUGAAGAAACUUAGUCAUGCGAACGUGGUGAAGCUGAAGGAAGUAAUACGGGAGAACGACGUUCUUUACUUCGUUUUUGAAUAUAUGAAAGAAAAUUUAUAUCAAUUGAUGAAGGACAGGGACAAAUUGUUUCCGGAACCGGUGAUACGAAACAUAGUUUACCAGGUGCUGCAAGGACUGGCGUUUAUGCAUAAACAUGGGUUCUUCCAUCGUGACAUGAAACCGGAAAAUUUGCUAUGCAUGGGACCGGAGCUGGUGAAAAUAGCCGAUUUUGGAUUGGCUAGAGAAAUUCGGUCAAGGCCGCCUUACACGGACUAUGUGUCCACGAGAUGGUAUAGAGCACCGGAAGUGUUGCUCCAUUCGACAACGUACAACAGCCCGAUUGAUAUUUGGGCGGUGGGCUGCAUCAUGGCUGAAUUGUACACUUUUCGGCCAUUGUUCCCCGGUAAAAGCGAGAUCGACGAGAUCUUUAAAAUUUGCUCCGUAAUCGGCACGCCCGAGAAGGACGAUUGGCCGGAGGGUUACCAGUUGGCUGCCGCAAUGAAUUUUAAGUUUCCAAACUUUACGCGCACGUCUCUGAACAUACUGAUACCAAACGCCAGCCAGGAGGCAGUAGUACUCAUGGAAGACAUGCUACAGUGGAAUCCUAUUAAAAGACCCACGGCGCAGCAGUCUCUGAGGUACCCCUACUUUCAAGUCAAUGCGCCACGUCUAGUCAACAGUAAAAAGAUCGGAGUUGCGUCUCAUCGAGAUCUGGUAUUACACAAAGUAAAUCUUCCACCUCCCAUGCCUAAGCAGUACAACUAUUCGCAGGACGUCUUAGACGAUUCCUUAGAAGUCAGAGCGCAGGAGAAAAUAAUGCAACCGCAGCAACAACAACAACCGAUGCUACCAUUAUUGAACCACAAUAAUUACGUCCGCGAGAACAACGUCCCGAAAUGGGACGAGGACGAUUUUGCCGAACUUCUGGGAAGCAAGAUCGUUCCCGAAAAUGUGAACGUAAAGCUUGCCCCAGAUCGAGUGUACAAAGAGAACCGUGCCAAUUGGAACGCCAAUUAUUUGCCAGACAAUUUAAAGCAGAACAACUGGACGUUGCCGUCGUGGAAUGAACCACCACCCCUGACCUGGGAUCAGCCGCAGUCUACUCUGAAGAAUGGUAGGAAAGUCUCUGCGAAACAACACUACCUCAGCGUGGCCCGGUACGUUGCUGGGCCCAGUACAAGCCUGUCGUCAAGAAAUGGUGACUCUGACACAAACCGACCCAAGUUAAUCAGGAAUUUGGUUGGCCAACCUGUGGAAAAGUAUGAACAGUUCACAGAUUCCUUUUGGGUACCUAGGAAUUCUAUUGAGAAUCAGACAAAACAGUAUUACCUUCCAAGAAAUCGUUACAUAACGGAUCAAACUUUGAGAUUGCCUUAUCCUAGUGUUUAUGGCACGCAAAACAUCAAAUCUACAACUAAGGUAACGCUCCAACCGAGCGUGUAUGGAAAUACGGUGAACGCGAAGGGUAGCGGAAGUCUUCAUGGUCGAAUCGACUGGGCUGCUAAGUAUCUAAACUAACUUGAAAACAGUUCUAUAUAGCCUUAAACGAAUAUUCUUCUUUUCUUAAAGUAACAUUAACUGUGAUAGAAUGAUAUUUGUCAUUGCAUUGCAUUGUAAGAGAGAUUUAAGUGACUAACACAAUGAUGCGAAUGUUAUAAUGAAAGAGUAAUUCUAGAUAUCGACAUAGAAUUUUUCAGAAUGUAAUCAUGGGAUAAUCAUUUUUUACAAACGAAAUAUUUCUUUUAACUUUCUUGAUCAUUAUUUGUUGAAUAAUUAAUAUUUUUAGUGAUACACUAAAGUAUUUGAUAACUAUCCUUUCUUUUAUUAGAGAGAGAUUGCUUAUUUAAAAUAGUGAAAACGUUAUGAAAGCCAGUAUUGACUAAAUGAUAACGAUUAAGAGUGUAAUGUUCGAUUCGUAAGAAUAUAAUAGUUGGAUAAGGUAUAUUAAAGAAAAUAAUAUACAUAUUUAUUACUUGUA